AAUUUAUGCUCGUGUAGACCAGUAAACCACCAUUCCACUCAACGACGCAGCUCUAUAGAGAGAGAAACUAGAGAGAGAGAGAGAGUAUGAACAUAAGGAAGCUCCAAAUCCUUCUCUCACUCUUCGCUAUCAACUCAAUUUCUUUCUACCUCUACUUCUUCACCUACGCCGACCACUUCCACCACAAACCCCCAUCGGAAAACCACCUAUCUCAAACCAUAAACAUCCACAACCUAUCGGAAAACCACCAGCACUUCCACACUUGCCACACUUGCCAUGCCAAGCCAUGGCCGAUCUUGCCUUCCUACCUCCCCUGGUCUCUCAACCCUGACGUCCCCUUCAGAUCAUGCGAAGGCUACUUCGGCAACGGCUUCACUGAACGCCUCGAUGUCCUCAAGCCCUCGACGGAGAAUCACCGGAGAUCGGGCGGGUGGUUCAGGUGCUUCUAUAGUCGGACGUUGCGGAGUUCGAUAUGCGAGGGAGGGAGGAUUCGGAUGCAUCCGGAGAAGAUUAGUAUGUCGAUCGGAGGAGAGAGAUUGGAGGCGGUGAUCGGGAGGGGAGAGGAUGCGGAAAUGCCGGUGUUCGAGUCCGGAGCUUUCGAUAUCGAGGUCGGCGAGAGGUCGAGUCACGGACGAGAGCUUGCGAGUCGAGAUUUUCUUGAUCGGUAUGUGCAGCGAGCCACGAUUUCGAAGCACGCGAUGCGCGGUUUGAUGGAUUCGAUACUGCAAGUUGGCGCUGAUAACUUCACGUGUUCGGAGUGGGUUGAGGAGCCUACACUUUUGGUCACGCGUUAUGAGUAUGCAAACCUUUUUCACACAGUCACCGAUUGGUUCAGUGCAUAUGUAGCUUCUAGAGUUACUGGCUUGCCUAAUCGACCUCAUGUGGUUUUUGUAGAUGGCCAUUGUCUGGCACCUUUGGAAGAAACAUGGAAGGCACUGUUUUCAAGCCUCAGAUAUGCCAAAAACUUUAGCGGUCCUGUUUGUUUUCGCCAUGCAAUCCUUUCGCCUCUGGGAUAUGAAACUGCCCUAUUUAAAGGGCUGUCUGAGGAUGUAAACUGUCGCGGAGCUUCUGCACAUGAUUUGUGGCAAAAACCUGAUAAUCACAAAACGGCACGAUUAUCUGAGUUUGGAGAAAUGAUAAGAGCAGCUUUUGGUUUUCCGGUAGAUAGACACCAUAACCCAAAGCCGAUAUCAGGUCAAAACGUCCUCUUUGUUCGGCGAGAGGAUUAUUUAGCUCAUCCACGACAUGGUGGUAAAGUGGAAUCGAGGCUCAGCAAUGAACAAGAGGUGUUUGAUUCUUUAAAGAGCUGGGUAUCAAAUCAUUUGGAAUGCAAAGUAAACCUGAUUAAUGGUUUGUUUGCGCACAUGUCCAUGAAAGAGCAAGUCCGAGCCAUUCAAGAUGCGUCAAUCAUUAUUGGAGCUCAUGGAGCUGGUCUCACUCAUAUAGUUUCAGCAACUCCUAAAACAGUGAUAUUUGAGAUCAUUAGCCGUGAUUUCAGGCGCCCACAUUUUCGAUUGAUUUCCCAGUGGAAAGGAUUAGAGUAUCAUUCCAUGAAUCUGGCUGGAUCAUAUGCCAAUCCUUCAGCGGUUAUUGAUAAGCUCAGCAGCAUAUUGAAGAGUCUUGGAUGCUGAAAGUAUUAUUAAUAUUUUGGAUGAAUUUGGUGUACCCUCCACUACUGUGAAGCGAAAAGGGUGCGACGGGAAGUCAUCUCUGCAUUCACAAUCUAACGCUGGGAUCUAUAGAUGUGUUUGUUCAAUCUUUUGACCUUGUUUAGGUAUUAGUUUUUUUCUGGUACUACUAGUUUACCCUUUUCAAAUGGGUAAUUAGAUCGAAGAUGGAAAAAGUAGUAGGUACACAAACAGGGAUUUAACUUUUUUUGGUCUAAUUGUUGACCAAGUAAAGAGGAGUUGCUGUAGCAAUAGAACGGGGAGGGCUUGGCUGUAUUUCAUCAAUGGGAAAGUAGAUGGACAUUCUUGUUGUCAGGCAGUGGAGGAUUGAUUACAAGUGAGAAGAUGAAAACCAUUGUUGCCGGGUAUAUUUCCCGGCAACCUUUGUUACUGUUUGUAUCAACGGAGGAGCCCCCACGGGGAAGGGGGGGUUUGAUUUUUCAUGGAAACUGAUUGUUUUUUCACUUUACACGAAAAAUAAAAAAAAAAAAGGUUUUCUUAUUGUUAAUAGAACAAUUUGAUUGUUGAUUUUCAUGUUGGAAUGUUCUGUUGAUUAUGCAUCACUC